AAUGAAGUUGUUUCCAUAAGUUGCUUGUACAAUGCCGGCUGAAACUAGUGAAAUUAGUUGCAGAAAUGAUUGCCUUCUGAACCAGCCUUGAGAAUUGUAGCACUCUUACUAAGAGUGAGCUGGGGUUUGAAUUUUCCUAGCGCUCUCAUGAAUGAAUGAUUCUCCAGGUUGACAUGACCAUUCGGUUAAAGAAGGCAGCUGCCGUUAGAGGCACUUGUUAGGGAAAGUCGCGAACCCCAACACUUCUGAGCCCCUAAAAUUGCAUUCCUGCCUCUUGGUUUCAUGGAAGAUUUGUGGAAGGGAAAAAGAUGCUGUUUGUAUCUCAGACAGCAAAAUGGUUGACCAUGAACGAAUCCGCGCUGUUGGUCCAGAUAGAGCAGCUUCAGAGUGGCUCCUUCGGUGUGGUGCAUCAGUGCGCUACCAUGGCUUUGACAAAUGGCAACAAGAUUACAAUGCAAUCCCUAUGGGUCCGCUGGAGAAAUAUAAGAUCCAAGCAAUCAAUGCCACAGAAUCUUGCAUCAUGAACAGAGGAUUUGAUUAUUUUGAUGGUCUAAAGCAACUUGAAGAAAUAAAGUUUUGCAAGUGCAUAUACAUUGAGGAUGCAUGCUUACAACGGAUUAGCGAGACUCCAAGCCUGCAGAAGAGCUUGCUGCGUUUAUUUCUCAUUUCUUGUGGAAAUGUUACAGACAAAGGAAUCAUUGCAUUGCAUAAGCUCAGCAACCUGGAAUAUUUAUUCCUGAGUGAUCUGCCAGGGAUACGAGAGAAGGAAAGAACUGUUCAGUCCCUUAAGAAAUCAAUGCCAGCACUUGAGCUUGAAUUAGACUUGGACUAAAAUCCUGACCAUUCUAUGUGGCAUCAUUUGCCUUAUUAAAUCUGUGAAACGAUCCUCUGAGCAGCCCAUGGUUAUUGUGGAGCUCCUUGGCCUAGUUAAGAGGAGGAGGCUGCAGACAGAAGCAUGCAAGGCACACAGACUGCUCCUUAAGCUCUAAUACUCCCCUUGUAUAAGAUACAGAAUCCCAGAAUGUAUGGAAAAGAUGAGAAACAAGCCUCUGUUCUUAAGGGUCUUUUAUGUUUUUAUGGGGAAAGUUAGAUAUAGAUAUUGCUGGCCAAUAUAGUCAUAAUUAAAAGUGUUAUGAAUUAA